GGUCACAGUGGGCCAGGGCAGUUCAAGUCGAGCGCGCGAGGUGCCCGUAUCGUCGUCCCUUUUUUUGCGCUCGCUUUUCGCUGCGGCCCCUCAACUCGCUCGCCAGGACCACCAGGAGAUACCGCCAGAAACAACCGGAGAGUGCAAAACCGUAGCGCGGUACCAUUUUGAUUCGAGUGCCAUUUUUCGGUAACCGUUACCGUUACCACUCCGUUUGUGUGUGGGUAGGCGCGCGUGAGUUCGUGAGUGCGAUUUGAAUGCAUUUGCAAAGGCGCCCAUGUGCGGGCUAGGCUUCAGAACCCGAAAUAGCCCCUCGCAGAAGACCUCCCUACGCUGGGGCGAUUGCUGUUACAUCACGCCGGCGCGGCCAUAGUUAUCUCAACGCGCCACACCGGCCGCCAUUGACGCUUUGCUGAAAUCUUGGAUUCUUUGAUCUCGGAUUCGACGACACGUAACAAUAAGCGAUACAAUAAUUGCAAACGCGUUCGGUUUGGUUGGUUUUGCGAGCGAGGACGAUCGAUACACACCGUCGGGCACUGCUGCCGAAGAACAAGAAGAAAACGCAACGUAACGAAGCUAAAAGCAACUCCUAACAAGUUAAACCAAAUUAAAAUACAAAUAUAUUUUAAUAGAAGCAUAUAUCUACUAUACGCGCACACCGUACGCAAACCUAGCGAACUUUUAUAAACAAUAAACAAUUGUAGCCAGCAGCUGAGAGUGGACGCGAAAAGCCUAAAACCUAAAACAAAUACUAGACUCCGUAAACGUUAAAAAAUUGUGCUUUGAAUCCACAACCACAAGUAUAUAAAUAAAUAAUAACCCAAUAACCCAAAGGAAAAGUUUAGAAAACCGUUUAGCAAACACACUUAAAAUAAUAGAUUUGUUAUAACAUUAAUUAAGUUUAGCCGAGUUAAACUAAAAUAUUGAAUUGAAUUGCGUGUUACGUAAUACUCGAAAAUAAUGCACAAUGUGUCCUAUUAAUGUUUAAUUAGUUUAACGACCACAAAAGUCGAGAAAACGAGCGGUGCUAGACGAGAGCAGAAGAAGAAAAAAAGUUUGAGGAACGCGCAAACACACCAAGCACAAUGAUUAACGUCGCGGGUGUCAUUUCGAUCAUUUUGUUUUACAUUCUUAUUUUGGCCGUGGGAAUAUGGGCAGGCCGCAAGAAGGAAGAAGGCAACGAUUCAGAAGAAGAGGUGAUGCUUGCUGGUCGCAACAUUGGUCUCUUUGUCGGCAUUUUCACAAUGACAGCUACAUGGGUAGGAGGUGGUUACAUUAACGGAACAGCUGAAGCAAUCUACACCCAGGGUCUGGUAUGGUGCCAGGCCCCAUUUGGAUACUCUCUAUCGCUGGUCUUUGGCGGUAUCUUCUUUGCGAAUAAAAUGCGUCAACAGGGAUAUGUAACCAUGUUGGACCCACUCCAGGACUCAUUUGGUGAACGUAUGGGUGGUCUACUCUUCUUACCUGCUUUGUGCGGAGAAGUAUUUUGGGCUGCUGGUAUCCUAGCCGCAUUGGGAGCAACACUUUCCGUCAUCAUUGACAUAGACCACCGCACCAGUGUUAUCUUCAGCGCGUGCAUUGCCGUCUUCUAUACACUCUUCGGCGGGUUGUAUUCAGUGGCGUACACCGACGUUAUUCAAUUGUUUUGUAUCUUCAUCGGCCUCUGGAUGUGUAUUCCAUUUGCGUGGAUGAAUGAUAAAGUUCUACCACUUAGUAGCAUGGACGUUGAUUGGAUUGGGUCCGUGAAGGGUGAUGAGAUCUUUUACUACAUAGAUUACGCCUUGUUGCUGGUCUUUGGUGGUAUUCCAUGGCAGGUGUACUUCCAACGUGUGCUCUCUAGUAGAAGUGCUAAUACCGCGCAGGUUUUAAGCUUCGUUGCCGCCUUUGGUUGCAUUCUUAUGGCCAUUCCACCUGUGCUCAUUGGAGCUAUUGCCAAAUCUACUGCUUGGAAUGAAACAGCGUACAAAGGUCCAUACCCAUUGACCCAAGAUGAAACCAGCAUGAUUCUACCAAUGGUUCUGCAGUAUUUAACACCUGACUUUGUUUCCUUCUUCGGGUUGGGUGCAGUAUCAGCGGCGGUUAUGUCCUCGGCUGAUUCUAGUGUAUUAUCGGCGAGUUCUAUGUUUGCGCGUAAUGUCUACAAGCUCAUCUUUAGACAACGUGCUAGUGAGAUGGAGAUUAUAUGGGUGAUGCGGGUUUCCAUCUUGGUGGUAGGCUUCCUGGCAACAGUAAUGGCACUUACUAUCCCCUCCAUUUAUGGAUUAUGGUCAAUGUGUUCCGAUCUAGUCUACGUCAUCCUCUUCCCGCAACUGCUCAUGGUGGUACACUUCAAGCACCACUGCAAUACAUACGGCUCCCUUGCUGCUUAUAUCGUAGCAUUCUUCGUGCGUCUUAGCGGUGGUGAACCCUUAAUGGGUCUGGAUCCAUUCAUCCGCUAUCCUGGUUUUGACGAAGAGGGCCAACGACAGAUGUUCCCCUUCCGUACAAUGGCAAUGAGCAUGUCGUUAUGCACCCUCGUUGGGGUCUCUUGGUGGACAAAGUGGGUCUUCGAGACUGGGCGUCUUGCGCCCGGAUAUGACUUCUUCCGCUGCGUGGUCAACAUUCCUGAAGAUGUCCAACGCGUCGGGGAUGAACUGGAAGAUGGGGAACAAAUGUCGGUAAUGGCUUCAGGAGCAAUGGGCAAGUUGUACGGAGCUGCGACAAUGGUCGGCAAGGACGAACGCAAUGGACGUAUCAAUCCGGCAUUGGAGGCGGACGAUGACAUCCCGGCCGGUGAGGUCGAUAAACUACGCAGCGCAAUCGGCAGCGAGACCGGCGGCGGCGUCGGCGGUAGUCGACAGGUCAACCCAGGCGCCACGCAGACAACCCUUUGAUUUGGUAACUAAAGAUACUAAAAGUAUUAAGCCUCUAAUUUAAUUUAAGAGUAACUUAUACAGAGUGUUUCAAAUUCACCCAACAAAACAUAUCGCUUUCAUUGGGAGAAAGGUCAAGGCCCAGCCGGGCGGAUAGUCUUCAUUUAUUAAUGAAAUCAAUAUCAUAUGAAGUCUUGACAUUUCGUUAUUUACGUUCUGUUUGUGCUCCGGCGAUGAGGAAUUAAAAAUCGAUAGUGAUCAGGGUAAGCAACAAAAAACAAGCUCAAAUUCACACAAUCGAUCAAUUUGAAACACUCUGUAUAUCGCAACUCGGAAUUUUAUUUUCGGACAAAUCAUCAACGAAUCUUAAAAAUUUGCAAAGCGCGAAAUUUUGGACUCUUCUCGACAUAUCAUUUAUAUAAACUACAUAUAGAUAUACUGGGUGAUACAAUAACAUUAUACAUAUCAAUUAAUGUGAAUUGGUGCAUAGCCAUGAGAAGAACAAAAGAUACAUAUCAUUGUUGCUCCCAAUUUUUAAUAAUUAUAUAUAUAUUUAACUGUUUAUGAAUGUUGACAACUCGAUACAUGGUGUUACAAUAACUCAUACGAACAAUGCCACGUGGAGAUUCAUUCAGACGAGGGCGGAAGCAAACCUUGUGUCCCUUAGUUAAUAGUUACUUAGUCUAAAUGUAUAUAACUUAGAUAAAUGAUACUAAAACAAGGAAAGAAGGAAACCAUUGAAAAUAUGAAUGCCAGGGAACGUGGUUAGGUUAUAACCAACACAAAUGAGUAACGUUAUAGUGAGCAGUAUUAGUGUGAUCAUACAAAAAAGUUAAUUAAACUGUUAUUAAUCGAUAUUUUUCAUUGUUACUUAAUUGAGCUGUGGGGGUCCUCAUUGCAGCAAUUAGCAGCUUUCGUCCUGCAAAUAAAUUCAAUUCAAACUCUACGUGCAUUAACAAAAUAAUAAAUGUGCUUCUUAAGGAACAAAAUAUUUAAACGCGUAAACAGCGAGAAGAUUUCGUUGAUUAUCGCCAUCUAGUUGUUGCUAGGCGUAUUUUAAUGCUGUUACAAAAAAAAGGAAAAACGUGAAAGAAGUUUAUAUACAUUUAUUAUCGAUGUCUUACUUAACCUAACUUAACGACUCAAGGUGUUAAGUGUGUCAUAUAUCGAUGUCAUUAAUAGGUGUUGGAACAAGUCAAUUUCAGUUGUGAACGCACACUCAAACAACACACAUAUUCACAUUUGGAUGAUACAAUCAGUUGUUCCGUGUGACGCCAUCUGGCGUCCGAUAUAGCAAUCAAUGAGUACCGGGUAUAACGAAACGUCUACGCACGCAAUCUUUAAAGUCUCAAUUAUAAACGCAUUCAAUCAGCGCUGCGCGCAAACACAGGUUAUGUUUGUUGUGUUUAAUUUAUCAAGCGUUGAGUUUCACACUGUUGAUGGGGAUAUUUUUUAUUGAGCGUUCAUGGGUUUAGAUUUCUAAGGCGUUAGAGAUGAUAAGUUAGGGCAAAAUGUACAUGUAAUACGUAUUAAUUAUAUUGUAAAUGUUAUGAGAACCACUCCACUCACUGUUGAUCCUUGCAAAACACACAACCAUAUUUACACAUAGACAUAAACUGCUAAACAAGUUGCAUAUGAAUUCAACGUAAGCAAAUGUUGUUUUUAACUUAAAAACACAACGUUUGUUUACGCAAAUUCAAAUUCCGUUCACUGUUGAAGCACAACAUAUCAUGCAACAUACAUAUCAUUAAAAAAACUAACCAUACAAAUGAAAACAUAGAUGGCAGCAGUGUUAUGUUAGGGAAUAGUUUAUUGGCGCAAGAAACGUUGAGCUAUUGAUUGUUACAUGAAAAAUUGACGAUGAACACGAAUGAGCAGAUAGAGAAACAUUGAGCAAACGUAGCAUAUAAUUAUUAACAAAUUGAUGUAAAUAAUGUAACUAUAUAUAUACAUGAGGCGUUUAUUUGUUUAAUAUGAAAAGAUGAACAGAUGAUAUAUACAUACAAACAUAUACAUAUCAUUUACAUUGCGCAUAUAUACACCAUACAUACCAAUAUAUGUAUGAAAACGAAAAAAUGAUAUUAAAAAAGUAUAUAAAAAGUAAAUAUAUAUAUAUACCUAUAAAAAAGAUAGUAAUUAUAUAAAUGAAUAAAUAGACUGUUGACUACUGUAUAUGAAGAGCA